GUGUGGAGACGUGCGCAUAAACGGCGCACAGCCUCCCUGCUGCAUUUCAUGGCGAACCGUCGGCUUGCUGCAGCCGCACCAGCCACAUCAGGGACCGAGCUGAUAAUGCGCAUAUAUGUCUGGGAGGACGAUCUGGAGAGAAAUACAAAUGUCGCCAGUGAAGAAAUAAGGACGAUCUCCUCAGAUGAACCCUGCAGCGUCACACUCAGGGCCUGUUAACAGCUGCCUGCAAGAAUAAUGGAUGAGACCUGUCACUAGCGCUUGAUGAAGAUUUCGUGUGGCUCUUCAAACUGAACUAUGGAGGGUAGUGAUGAGGUGUCUGUAACCAUGACACAGUCCCAGACCGACGUGUGCGACCCAGAGGUGGGAGGAGGAGAAAUCCCCACCAAAGUGGAGGAUGGAGAAAAUCCACUCACUCCUGCUGAUUCAGCACUGAGCAAAGGAGCGCUCUCUAACCUGGUGGAGCCUCCCGCACCCUCAGGGGUGAGUGCCACUGUUGAAUCUCCGGGAGGGGUGGCGCUUAAAGUCGCCACAACUGUACUACACCCAGUGUGCCUGGGAGAGAGCCCGCUGAUGCUUCCGAUUCACCUCCAGAUGACUGGAGCAGCCGGGCCUCAGCUCGGCCAAAUGGGGGCAGCACCAUACUUGAUAACAAGCCAAAGCCCAGUUUCACUUCCCCUGGUCUUGGAUCAGCAGGUCAUUCAACACAUGAGUCCCUCUGUGAUGCCUCCGAACGCUACCUGCCCUCCGCUGCCCCUCCAGAACAACGUCCUGUGUCAGAAUCCUUUGACGUUCGGUUUACCUCCAGCUGUCGAUCAGAAGUCAGCAGGACAAACGCAGGAUGCUAACCUGCUGUCUCUCCUGCAGAAUCCAGCUUUUGCAGCCAUCUUGCAGGAUCUCUUCCCUUCCCAGGCAGGUUCAUCAACCUGUCAGUCGCCAGGCUCUACCUUCUUCCCACUUCCUCCCCUCACACCUCCCUACGCCUCCCCUCUGGCCCCAUUAGUCCCUCCUGCCACGCUUCUAGUUCCCUACCCAGUCAUCAUCCCGCUGCCAGUGCCUCUGCCCGUCCCUCUUCCCAUCCCCAUUCCUGCCCCUCAGACUGAGGACUCAAAGGGGAACAUGCCAAAACCGGUUUGCACUGUAAGUAAAAGCACUCAGACUUCUCCAAAAGAUACUACCUCUCCUUCGCUGUCUUCAAUUAGAUGCAUGCCGUCAUUCCAGCCACAAAACGUGUCCCCAUCCUCGCUUCCUCUAGAUGAAGGACAGGCUCUGGACCUUUCUGUCCGAGCAUGUCCAGUUGAACUAAAAGUGGAAUACCCCAGUCUGCAGCAGGACAGUGUGCUCGACUUGUCAGUGCCUGGUGUGAGGAAAAAGUGCACUCAGUCAGACAGAGAAGUAGCUUUCCAUUCCAGUCAAGAUACUAGUGGUACGUCUUUGUCUCUGGGUGUUGAAUGCACUCAGAGUUUAGAUUCCAAACUCCUGGGCAGCCUGGCUUCACUGGAGUUCAGCCGGCAGCGCAAGUGGGUGGUUGACAGCAGUGCCAGUGGGUCUAGUUCUCUGAGUCAGGAGGCGUCUCUCAGCAGAGCCGGAAACCUUGAGAUAGUCAGCACCUCGCAGACGGCUAAGGUCAUAGUCUCUGUGAAGGACGCCAUCCCCGCCAUCCUUUGCGGAAAGAUAAAAGGCCUAUCAGGAGUCUCCACCAAGAACUUUUCCAUCAAACGGGACGGCAGCCAGGGGGCGUCUCUGCAGCAGCUCUACGCAGUGCCGUCGGCGUCCCAGGGGGAGCAGCACGACCCCAACAACCCGCUUAAAAAGGUUCCUAAGAGCAGAGCUAUCAAGCUGAAGAAGGUCAGCUCUCAAGAGAUCCAUUUCCUUCCGAUGAAGAAGCAGAGACUUGCAGCAUUGCUGCCCAGGAAGUGAAAGUGCUCAGCGGAGGGGGGAUUAAUUGCUGGACCACUCUCUGGUAAUCCCUCCAGAGCGUGUAACAUAAAACACGUGCCGGGACAUUCUGUAAUCAAACUCAUACACUUACAUAUUCAAUCAAAGCUCCGAGUUUGGCUCCGUAAACUGAGGCUCAUGAAUGUCUGACAGUGUGACACAGUGGUUACAGAAAUGUUUCCAUUGGACCUUUCUGAACUGCUGUGUUUUUGUAAUGCACUACUCACUACAGUGUUAACCUAAAGCAGAAAUGUUGUUGUGUAUGGCAGCUUAAUGGGCGCUCCAUGUGGCUUUGGAGAUUGUCUUUAUGAAUCAGAGAUGUUGAAGAAAAAUUUUUGACUUCAUAAUUACAGCAGAGACACAUGGGUUCCAUUUUUCCGUUUUGGCUCGUGGUUUGUUUCCACAUGUAAUUUUUAUUUAAGUGCACUGAAGAUCUAAAAAAAAACCUGAUAGUUGAGCUUCUCACUAUUCAGAGCAGAGCAGUGUGUACUGGCAGGACGUGACCGAGACUGUUAAAACAUCGUCCCAUCGUCGGAAAUUCCCAUAGUCAUCAGUGGCUCACUGGAGCGAUUCAUUCUCUUCUGAUUGGUAGGGGUUUAGCAUGACAGGCUAAUAAUGACUUGGCAAGGCCCGAGCCACAAUUUCAUUAAAAUUAAUGUUGGCAACCGCCGUCGUAUACAUUCUUAUUUUGUUUAAACAGCAGGCAAAAAAAGGGAUGUCUUAAUUGUUUUCACAUUUAAUCAGACAUUUCUGCUGGCCUGUCCAAAUAUCAGGAAAGUGUUUCUGGAAAAGAGCUUUUUUUUUUUUUUGCUUGUCGCUGGCUGUAUUUGCCACUUUUUAAUUUGGCCCAUGCUUCAACAUACAAGCCAAAGCUGAAUAAACACCUCGCAGCAAGUGUAUAAAACACCAGAAGCCCCUGCUGUUUCCUUUAACAGACUGAUGAAGUGAAUCUUGGUGGAAGUUUUGAUAUUGACUUCUCCCGCUUGAGCUAAAGCAACUGAAAAUAUGGAGGGGGGCAGGGUUGAAGGUGAAGGGAACAGCCAGAUUAAGGGAGAAAUCAUUUUCUCGGCUUCAGUGAGAGAAAAUACUGUUCAUAUAUUUGUCAAGUGUGUUAUUAGUCUGUUAUUAGAAUUAGUAUUGGUGACACUGCAGAGCCCCCUUUCUGAAAUGUACGUGCGUAAAGCAUUAAUCCGAAGUGGUUUGAUGUCAUUCUUAUUGUUUUGUGGAGCAUGGUAUUUUGUCUGUCCCAUGAUCAUGAUCAGAGUUGUGAAUGUGAGAGCACUGUUGUGUGUCAGUUUAUUUAUCCUAUUGAGUGCACUUUGUCAUAGUUUAGUUGAAAGCGUUACAGGGUGUCCUACCUAUUCUACUAAAACAGCAUUUAUGAAAUCUGUAAAUCAUAGGCCAAGGACUAAUAUCAGCCAUAUGCAGACUGUCUGGAUGAGCAAAGGAGGCGUGGGAAAUACAAAAGCUCUUCAUUUUACCAGUUCUUUAUUUAUAUAGAUGUACUUCCCCGUAUAUCUUACUUACCUAUAUCAUGUCUGCAGUCCAAUUCAACACAGAGCUCUUUGUUUUAGUAGUUUGAACUGAUUACUUUGGUUGUGCAGGACGUCACCCUAAUUUAUUCUUUUUAUUUAUAUGAUCUGUGUAUAUAUCAGUCAGGAGACAAAAGUGUGACUGGAUAUAAAAAGACAGCUUCCUUUUUGAAGCACCUUUUUGCUUCAGAAAACUUAUUCUAAUGAAGAUGUCAGUGAAGAACCACCAGGUGAAAUGUGCUGGCAGUUAAAUGUUUGCUUACUGUACAGUGUGUGUGCUUUUUAUAUGGAAGUGAACUAAAAUCUCCAAGGUCUAAA